AUGUUGGAAAUCAGCCACAGUCAGGUGCCGACAAUGCCGCCUGGCGAAAAGACGGAGAAGGUAACAGCUGAAAUGAAAGAAACAGUUAAAGCUACUACAACCAGCACUAAUGGGACCACAAAGCCAACUACUCUCGUGCCUACAACAACUACGCAUUCUUCAGCUACUACAACCAGCGCUAAUGUGACCACAAAGCCAACUACUCUCGUGCCUACAACAACUACGGAGUCUUCACGCAAACUCCAUGUGAGUCUAAUCGGAGUAAGCCUGGUGGUCAUGUGUACAGCGAGCCUAGCGCUCAUAUGCGUACAGUUGGAAUUCAGCCACAGUCUGGAGCCGUCUGACGAAAUAAAGAAGCUCAUCAGAGAAAAGGUAGAAGAAACACUAAAAUGUGAGUGCAUUGUGUUUUCAUUUGCACGUUGA